GCUUGGAGCAUGAAUGCAGACGGGAGAAAGCGAGACGUGCUAGGACCCAGAGGCUUGCAAAAUCCAAGAGAGUCAUCUUUUCGUCUGGAUCCCAGAGGUUUAGCAGCAGUUUCUGGUGGUGGGAUGUGUGCAAGUGAAGCUGGUACCAGCCCAGAGGAGAGAUCCUUUCCUGGUGAAAUGUAGAAUAGGAUCGAGGGCGCACCGGAAGAUCAAGAAGGUGGCAUGCAUGGCUUUUUGGGGGAUUUUUGUUUUGUGGGGUAGAGGCGGGGGGGGGGGGGCGGGGAGGUGGAGAAGCUGCCAGUAUCUAGAAACCUUAAGAUACAGUUCUGGUUUCUCUCUGGUUGCCCCUAGAUCUGCUUCGUAGGUUUGGUUGCCUGACAGCAGGCUGCUGAGUUUGACAACAAACAGGCCUCCCAUGGAAACGCAUUGUUAAAUAUUUGUUUGGGUAAAGGUCUUGGGGCUCCUCCAAAUGGACCCAGGUGUCCGUACCAUCCGUUACACUUGGCUAAGCUUUUUAUGUAUGUGCAUGCUAACGACGUAUUUGACAAAUCUCCAAAGGAUAAGGGUAUGUUUAAAGAGAAGUAUGGUGGGUUUUGGGGGGCAGGGGGCAGGGUGGUUGUGUGUAUCAUAUAUAUAUAUAUAUAUAUAUAUAUAUAUAUAUAUAUAUAUAUAUAUAUAUAUUAUAUAUAUACUGUGUGUGUGUGUGUGUGUAUAUAUAUAUAUAUGUUAUAUGAAUUGCACUUCUCUCAUAUGUGUGUGUGUGUGUAUGAGAGAAGUGCAUUCAUAUAACAGAGUGGUGAUAUUUCUAGCUAAGAAGACUCCAGAGAGAGAGAGAGAGAGAGAGAGAGAGAGAGAGCAAUGCAGAAGGAAGGGGUAAAUGAAAAGAGGAAGCUGUAAAAACUGAGUCAGUGCACUCAGCAUUGUUUACAGUACAACUAGUAGUGGCUCUCCAGGAAUUUGGACGGGGGUCUCACUGAACCCUGCCUGGAGAUCCUUCAGAUUGAAUCUGGGACCAUCUGCAUGCCAAGCAGGUGCUCUUCCACUGAGCUGCGGCCCUUCCUGGCAUACAAGUAAAGGGGCACAGAAGGCAGAGUGGAGUGUCUUUUUAGGGGGCGGGGGGGGAUGUCUUACUUGUAAAGUUUCUUGUCUCCAGUAUGGGAUGGAAGGAUUUACUUGGGUCAGUGAAGCAUAACUGCUCAGCUUUCUUUGAUUAACAUCCUUCCUCACACACCCCCGGCCAUUCCUAAAAAUAUAUUUUUUACUUAUUUACAUCAUUGUGCACUGCACUUUCACAUAAAAUUUUGCAAGGCAGUGCAAGUUAUAAAAUAUACAGUACAGGGAACAAGAUGUGAGAUUGUGAUUGUACUGCACAAUCCAAAAUCUCUCUCUGGUUGGCAGAUGUUGCAUUAACUACAUAUACGCCAUACAUGUAAAGCACAUUCCCCCACUCCCCAAAUAAUAAUGAAAACUGUGGUUUGUUAAGGGUGCUGGGAAUUGUAGCUCUCACAGCAGCAAACCACAGUCCUAAGGAUUCGUGGGGAGUGGGGGGAAACUGCGCAUUAAAUGCCUGGUGUGAAGAUGGCCCUCCUAUGUGGUUGGUCAAGAUGUGCUGAGCCGGCACUGGAUCCUCACUUUGAGUCACUUUUGCAUUUUGUGCGUUUGUGCUGUGGGAUCUGACAUAACUCAGCUUUAUUUUAUUUUAUCCCUAAUGCAGCCUUUGCCAACCAAGGUUUGUGGAGCCUGCCCUAAUGAAAACAGCUGUUUGGGGAAAAAACUGUUGCCUUGUGGCAGGGAAUGAUUCCAAAUUUGGCCUUCCGCCACCUGGCAUCAUGUGCUUUGCUCAAGUUUAGUUAGAGAGAAAGCCUUCGACUCCAACCAGCAGAUUGCCCCAUGAGGGUCUGAGGCUGCUUUCGAUUUCAUUCCUCACCAGCAAACAUGUUUGAAAAGCCAGCCCAUCUGCUUUAUUUUAUUUUAUUUUUAAACACCCUUUGCUUUUGCAGGCCUCUGAGAGCAGGGCUGCUGGCCUGUCUGCCUACCGUCUUGUUGCGAUGCUUGAAUAAAAAGAUCAAGCGCACGGGCUGCGUCAUGGAAGGAUGGUCUGGCAACUGGGGCUGGCAGCACCUCAUGGCUCCCCACGAAGGAGAAGACCCCCCCAACCACGCUCCCGACUUUAUUCAUGUGAGACAUCCUGCCUUGGUAAGGAGGGAGACACUGACCUGGAUUUUUUUAUAGGUUCUGUUAGAGCUUAAAGCCAGGCACAGGCCCAAAUGCCCAGUCAGCACUUAUUUAUCUGCUUGUACAUUUGUACCCAGCUGAAGUUCUGAAGGCGGCAUGCAAUGUAUUUAAUGUAUUUAAUGUCUGCUAAAAUGGACAAUGUAUUUAAUGUCUGCUAAAAUGGACAAUGGCGCAAUCAAUACUGGGGUGGGGCAAAGAUGUAGAGUAAAUCUCUCUGCCACCCGCCCCAAAUUCUCCCGUGUUCUAUCAAAUACCAGUGGAAGCUAGUCCAUUAGGGCUAAUGGGGCACAGCACCACCAACCUCAGCCUGCCCCCCUGCCCCCCUACCUUACUUAAAUCCAGUCCAGGGGUUCGCCCUGCCUGCCAUCUUCCUCCUUCUUAGUCUCAGUGCUGCCCCUUCUAGAACUCAGCAGGGAGAAGGAACAUGGAGAUAAAGAAUGAUUUGGCUCUGGCUGCCAUUGGCCUUGCACAUACAUACUACAGACAUCAGUUUAUAUGUAUACCACCUUUUCAGAGUUCAAACCAUGCUCAAGGAAGCUUAUGACAUAACAAAUUACAGAAUUCCAAACAAAACCAAAAGUAGUCACAAACAAUAAAUAAAACACUUCAAAAAUACACAACCAAACUGAUUGAUUUCCACAUAAAUAAUUAGAUCUUAAAACAGAGAUAGAAAAAAUUAAUAUCAACAGCAGCAAUAACCCCCCCAAAACAAUACCCCCAUUCUAAGUGUCUGCUCAUCAGCCUCAGCUUUUGCAGCUGGAGUCAGUCAGGGUCCCACCCUCCCAGAUGGGAAAGGCCAGCAAGCGGGGGGUGGGGGUGGGGAGCAGGUCUUCCGGGGCUCCCGGCCAAGAUGGUCUCUGGCCUCUUCAGGUAAUCAACAAUCUAUUUGGUUGCCUAUGAUCAGGGCCUGCCAAAGACAUUUUGGCACCUGAGGCAAGCCACAAAAUGUAAUCCCCCUCCCCACUGUGGUCUAAACCACUGAGUGCUGUAGUCUAAACCACAGCCUUUUGGGCUUGCCAAUCAGAAGGUUUGCUCAUGGGGUGAGCUGCUGCUCUGUCCCAGCUCCUGCCAGCCAGCAGUUCGGAAGCACACCAGUACAAGUAGACACCGCUGCGGCGGGAAGGUAAAUGCCGUUUCCGUGCGCUCUGGUUUCCAUCACAGUGUUUGUUGUGCCAGAAGCAGAUUAGUCCUGCUGGCCACAUGACCCAGAAAGCUGUCUGUGGACAGACGCCAGCUCCCUUGGCUUGAAGCAAGUUGAGCACCCCAAUCCCAGAGUUGAAUUAGGCUGGACUUAACCGUCCAGAGGACUUAACCUUUUUCCUUUACCUACCAUUGGCUACAUUGGUUGGGGCUGAUAGGAGCUGGAGUACAACACCUACAGCACACCAUGUUAGCUGCUGCUUCACCAAUUUCCCAUCCCUCCUCAGCUUUCAAUAUUCUGAGGCGACUGGGUAUGCUCAGUGCUCAUUUGGUUGUUUUGAGUGUUCCCUCCCUCCAUUUUACUUUUUACUUUACUUUAGUAAGUCUCAGGGCUACCUCUUGUAUCCCUGCCUGAUCACUGAGACUUUCGGAAAAAUCUCUGGUUCAGAUGCACAGCUUUUAAGUACUGAAACACAUGCAUUCAGUGCUGUGAAAGCAAACCUGUGAAACUCCCUCCCAACUGAGAUUACACAGGCACCCACCCACCCUUUUACUGAACUUCAGGUGCUUGGCUUCCUUAUUCCAGCAAGCAUUUUAAGGUAGUUUCGCGUUUAUGUUCAGUUUUAUGAUGAGUUUUUAACUGUUAUAUUUUCUAGGCUUUAAGAAUUCAUUUAUUUAAAUUGUUCACAACAUGAAAAUACAAGAUAAAAAUACAAAAUACAUAAUAAAAACAAAGCAAACCAAUAAGCCCUCCCCUUUGUAUUAUUCUCUGUAUUGUUUAUUUUUAUGUACACAGCUUAGAAAUGCUAGUGAUUAAGCAGUGUAUAUAUAUAUGCCAAUUAUUUUUAUUGAUUUUCCAAAUUAUUAAGCGGUAUAUGUAAGUCUGCUGACACCCCCCCCCUCAUGGAUGCUGUUUUGGCUACUGUGCCCCCACAUGGGUGUGCUACCUAACUAGGCAAAAGUUGCCACUGCUCAUUGCGGGACGCUUAAGCACAUGUUCAAAGCGUUCUCUGGUUUGACACAUGUCCUGGGCUCUUGUGGCUUUUCAGUUGCACUCCCACUCAACUUAAUAAUAUACUUCUCCUACUCCUACUCCUACUCCCCCCCCCCAUUCCAUGAGUUCCUGAGUCAGAUUUCCCUAGGAUCCAUUCACUAAAUAAUUAACUCACAAAAGGCAAGUAUGGAUACUUAAGGUUUUAUUUUAUUUUCAAAGCAGCCCAGGCAUAAACCUAAUCAUCCUUGCUCAUUCAAGCCUCUUUCUGGUUGAUGGUAGAGGGAUGGGUAGGUCAGGAAGAGGUGGAGAAACUCCCCAGUAGGACAUUUGAGAGAAGGGAGCUCUGCUCCACUUGGAAGCUCUGCUCUACGAAUCACUUACAGGCAUGUUUUACAGAGCCCCACCGAGAUCACUGGGGUUUAUUCCCACUUAAGAGAGCAAUGGAUGACGGUCUCUAUGUAAAACGUUGGCGUUAAAGCACUGCUGUGCAGCCCAGAAUGUUCCAUCCCAAGCACAGGAUGCUGGGAUUUCAUUUUAACACCCACACAUUGUUAAAAUUCAUCUAACCAGAUUGCUAAAGAACACUGAAAACAAGCCUUUUAUUGUGCUUAAAAUGGCACAUGUUCCAUUCCGGACGUGCCUGAUUCUCCUGGCCUCUUUCCUGACACCUAACCCACGAGGAAAUCAGUUUACCCAAGUUAAUCAUGCGUAGCAAUCCUGUCCUUGGGCCUGUUUGGAGAACCCAGUCCAGUGCGUUAAGGUCAGGCCUAGAUUUUCCAUUCACUGCUGCUUUUCCUGCCUGUUGUUUAUAGACCCUGCUGGUUUUCUGCCUCUCCCCCCUCCCCCUCCCCGGUCCUCCCUCUCGUCAAUUAGAGCAUUUUCCUGAUCACUCUGAGUGCAGUGCAGGGGAAAACUAGGGCUUUAAAAAAAGCAUUUAAAUAUCCAGGACACGUGACAGUUAAGAAGAGAUGCCAGCUGCCACAUUGUUCUUGGGAAGUAAGAAAGAGAGAAAGUUUAUCUAGGGGGUUGGGGUAAUCUUAAGUACUUAAAAAAAAUAUGAAAAUGAAUUGGAACACAACCGUUCUACCUUGGUGCAGCUAGUUAGCUUCUGCACACACUUGCAUACCUCUCUCAGCCCUCCUCCAGGUUUGCAAGAGACACAUUUCAUCCCCCCCCACAUUUUUUUUAUUCAUUUUAUGACACAAAUAAACAAUACAAACAGAAAUACAAACAAUACAAACAAAUUCUUGUCUUAUCCUUAUUUUUUCUAAGCAUUGUUAGGUGAGCUUCCCCAAGUCCCCCUUAUCUGAUUUUCAUUUUACCUCAUCUUUAGCAGUUCCAUAUAUCAUAAUUUUUAACCAUUUUUUUAUAACACUUAAUUUUACCAUAAAAAUCUUCACAUUUUAUCACUUACAAAUAAUACUAUUUUAAAAUACACUGUCUUCUGCUUCUAACCCUACAGCCUGUAUCCACUUCCAAAGCUAUUCUAAGAUUUAAAUAUUAAAAUAUUUUUUUCAAAUAGUCUUUAAGCUUUUACAUUUCAGCCUGCCAGAAACACCCAGGCACAGUGCAAAACAGGGCUGGUGAGAGAUGAAGUAUGGGGACAAGAGACCCAACUGAGGAGGAGUCUGGGCCUGGGAGAGCCCCAAGGGCCAGGUGGAGACCCAUGGAGGGCCACAUUUGGCUCCUGAGGAUGAGGUUCCACUAUUUGAUGUACCUGGGGGAAAGACCCCCCCUACCAACCCCACCUGUGUGGAAUCCUGGCUAAUGUUAUAGGCAGGUUUAGACCACAGCGCCACCCGCACCCCAGCUUCCUUAUUAGUACAUUGCAACUUUCCAGUGCUUAGCCCAGGCGCAAAGUAGACCAUGUCCCACUCUCCUUCGCAUUGAAGUGACCCCUACCCCAGGGUGGUGGAACACCUUGCAUGCUAGUAAAAGCCCCUUCUUUUUCAUCCAGAAACCACAAAUGUCACCCUGUCCUUUUGACUUUAUUGCAGGCAUCCAAGUUACGCUGAUCGAGGCUCCAACCUAAGGCCAGGACGGCGACAUGAAAAACGACAAGGUGAGCCCCCUACCCCACUCCUGCCUCCUGCAGUCUCAGGAGAAAUCUGUUUCUUCCUUGUAUUGUUGAUCUAUGAAUAUGAAUGUUGCAUUGCUGUACUGCACCAGCAGCAGGGAAUCUUUUUCAGCCUGUAUGGCCUCAUUCCCUUCUGCACAAAGAGUUUCCAAGUGCCACAUAGAAUCAUAGAACUGUAGAGCUGAUCCAACUAGUCCAACCCCCUGCAAUGAUGGAAUCUCAUGCAGAUCAAACCUCUGCUUCAAAACCUCCAAGGAAGGAGAGUCUACCACCUCUUGUGGAAGUCUGUUCCACUGUCAAAACAGCCCUUAUCAUCAGAAAGUUCUUCCUGAUGUUUAGUUGGAAUCUCCUUUCUUGUAACUGGAAUCCCCUGGUUUGAGUCCUACCCUCCAGAGCAGGAGAAAACAAGCUUGCUCUAUCCUCUGUGCAACAGCCCUUGAGAUAUGGGAAGAUGGAUAUCAUCAUUUCCUCUCAGUCUCCUCUUUUCCAAGUUAAACAUACCCAGCUCCCUCAACCGUUCAUGAGGCUUGGUUUCCAGGACUGUACCAGAGGCAAAAAUGAGGAAAGGAAAGAACAUAAAGAACACCUUUCUCCUGUAGGCUUUCAUAUACACCAGGGGUCAGCAAACUUUUUCAGCAGGGGGCUGGUCCACUGUCCCUCAGACCUUGUGGGGGGCAGGACUAUAUUGGGGGGGGAAUGAACGAAUUCCCACAAAUAACCCAGAGAUGUAUUUUAAAUAAAAGGACACAUUCUACUCAUGUAAAAACACACUGAUUUCCGGACCAUUCGGGCCGGAGUUAGAAGGCGAUUGGGCCAGAUCCGGCUCCUGGGCUUUAGUUUGCCUACCCAUGAUAUACACAUUCACAUGUCCCUCGUCUCCCUCCCUCCAGAUAAGCAAAAGCUUUAUUAGUGUUCAAGGAACACAUUCCAUACAGGCAAAAGCACCUGGGCCAUGUAGCAGGGCCAGUGAUGGGCAUGGCUUGGGAAAGUGUGUGGCCUAGGUUCAAGGACCAGAUAGAGAGGCCUGGAUGGGCACAUUUAGCUUCUGCACAAACUUUGGGAAUUGCUUUGGGAGUGGCAUGCUUCCUGCACCAAGCCAGGAAUUCAUAGUGCCUUCCUAUGGGGAUGCUGCAUAGACAGCUAUGCAAAAGCUGCUGCUUCUCACUGCGAGGGUAAAUGAACGCUAAAUGUUAAGAGCCACAUAAAGCACUUCUGGUUCUCUGGGUUUGCUGCGCAGUUCAAUCUGUUUAUUCUCUUGCGGCUGUUCACCACCACACCCACUGCUCACCCCCCUCUCUCCCUGCUCAGCAGUUCCAUUAGUUCCUUAUUCAGAUUUCCCCAGGAUCACAACAGUAAAUAAUUUACUCACAAAAGGCAAUCAUGAAGCACUUAAGUUUGUUUGUUUUCCAAAAGCAAGCUUUGCAUAAAUUUGUGCUUGCUGAGAGCUGUGGUCCAAAACCAGUUGAUGAAAGUUGCUCUAGCAGGAUGGGAGAGGGAAGCGGGAAAUGUCUGGCCCCCUGCAGACUGGUGUGCAGGUUGUCUUUAGGGGUGGGUUGGUGGGUGAAUUCUGCGAUCAUUUUAUGGAGGAUAAGGCUAUCACUGGUCACUAGCUGUGAUAGCUACAUUCUCCGUCCACUGAAUACUAAUUGAUGGGAAUCACAGAUGGGAGGAUGCCCUUGUGAUCAGGUCCUGCAGGGCUGCUGAUUGGCCACUGUAAGAGCAGGAUGCUGGAGUAGAUGGGCCCUAUGGCCUGAUCCAGCAGGGCUCUUAGAAUCAAUCAAUAAAUAAAUAAAACGUGGGCUCUAAGAUCUUCCCCUGGCUCCAAACACUUCCUGUGCAGCUUUCUGAAAUAAAGCAACACAGACCCAGCCUCUUGUCGGAGAUGGCAGGCUCUAAGCCCAUCCCACAUCUCACGGGCACUGGCCUUGCCAGCCAGGGUGAUUAACUCUUCAGGAGCUACUGAGAGCAAAAUUAUCCCCAUGGCUCUUGAGUCCUGUGCCGUCCAUUCAUCUGUCACAGGGGCUGGGGGGUCCUCAGAAACGGUAUUCCACACUCCAAGCUUUCUCAUCUGGCCCUCACAGUACCUUGCCCAGGUCUGAUAGUUGUGGCCAUUUAGCUUUGGUGGAGACGGAGCAGCUUCUGAGGAUUGUAAAAGAUCCAUCUCAGCCUUUUACUUGAGCCGUGAGUCUUAUUCACUUCAGAAACGUCUUAUCUCGGCAGCUCAUAAAUUAUGAGGCCUGUUUGGCUCGACUCCCAGACCAAUUAGGCCAGCCGGACAUCUGAAGCCCUUGCCGCGGCAAACAGAAAAGCCUCACUUUCGCUUUUCCCACAUACCUCAACGCAGUCUGUCGCAGUCUUACUCUCCUGUAAGUGCCGUGAAUCUGGGCCCGAAACCUGUUGUUGGGAUACUGCCAGGGAGAUAAAGUCCAUCAAGGCCCCCAAGCCGUCUGCCGGACGAUCCAUCGACCUCCCGUAGGCACGCAGUAUCAGCAAUUAGCAACAUGAGUUUCUAGAAAAUAUUUUGCCACAUUCCAGAGCUCAUGCACACUCUAUCAGCAGAUAAGGCACAGCCAAAAGUUGCACUCAGGAGAGCAUUAUUUACAAGUUUAUUCAGUGUUGAUCAGAACACAGAAAAACAUGACUGCCUGCUUUAGUGUCUACGACACAGAGAGAAACGAAAGCAACAGAAAACAUAAACAUCCUGUGAACAGGAAAUACGCAGACUCUGUGACUCACAGCCUGCUCCCUUUUAAGGUGGAACGGAAAUAUCCUAACAUUAACCUCCUCUUCUCCAGGCUAAACAUGCCCAGCUCCCUUAGCUGUUCCUCAUAAGGCAUCGUUUCCAGGCCUUUGACCAUUUUGGUUGCCCUUCUCUGGACACGUUCCAGUUUGUCAGUGUCCUUCUUGAACUGUGGUGCCCAGAACUGGACACAGUACUCCAGGUGAGGUCUGACCAGAGCAGAAUACAGUGGCACUAUUACUUCCCUUGAUCUAGAUGCUAUACUCCUAUUGAUGCAGCCCAGAAUUGCAUUGGCUUUUUUAGCUGCCGCGUCACACUGUUGGCUCAUGUCAAGUUUGUGGUCAACCAAGACUCCUAGAUCCUUUUCACAUGUACUGCACUCAAGCCAGGUGUCACCCAUCUUGUAUUUGUGCCUCUCAUUUUUUUGCCCAAGUGCAAUACUUUACAUUUCUCCCUGUUAAAAUUCAUCUUGUUUGUUUUUGCCCAGUUCUCUAAUCUGUCAAGGUCGUUUUGAAGUGUGAUCCUGUCCUCUGGUGUGUUAGCCACCCCUCCCAAUUUGGUGUCCUCUGCAAAUUUGAUCAGGAUGCCCUUGAGUCCAUCAUCCAAGUCGUUGAUAAAGAUGUUGAAUAAGACCGGGCCCAAGACAGAACCCUGUGGCACCCCACUAGUCACUCUUCUCCAGGAUGAAGAGGAACCAUUGAUGAGCACCCUUUGGGUUCGGUCAGUCAGCCAGUUACAAAUCCACUGAGUGGUAGCAUAGUCAAGACCGCAUUUUACCAGCUUCUUUACAAGAAUAUCAUGGGGCACCUUGUCAAAUGCCUUGCUGAAAUCAAGGUAGGCUACAUCCACUGCAUUCCCUUCAUCUACCAGGCUUGUAAUUCUGUCAAAAAACGAGAUCAGGUCAGUCUGACAUGACUUAUUUUCAGAAAUCCAUGCUGACUAUUGGUGAUCACAGCAUUCCUUUCUAGGUGCUCACAGACUGUUUGCUUAAUGAUCUGCUCCAGAAUCUUCCCUGGUAUUGAUGUCAGACUGACUGGGCGGUAAUUAUUUGGGUCCUCUCUUUUCCCCUUUUUGAAAAUAGGGACAACAUUUGCCCUCCUCCAGUCUGCCAGGACUUCGCCUGUUCUCCAUGAAUUCUCAAAGAUGACUGCCAGUGGUUCUGAGAUCACAUCUGCCAGUUCUUUUAAUACUCUUGGAUGCAGUUCAUCUGGCCCUGGAGACUUGAAUACAUCUAAACUAGCCAAGUAUUCUUGUACUAUCUCCUUAUUUAUUCUGGGCUGUGUUUCCUUUGCUGAAUCAUUUGCUCCAAAUUCUUCAGGUCGGGCAUUGUUUUCUUUAUCGGAGAAGACUAAGGCAAAGAAGGCAUUGAGGAGUUCAGCCCUUUCUGUGUCCCCUGUUUGCAUUUCACCAUCUUCUCCUCUGAGUGACCCCACUGUUUCUUUGUUCUUCCUUUUGCUACAAACAUACCCAUAAAAGCCUUUUUUGUUGCUUUUAACCUCUCUAGCAAGCCUGAGUUCAUUCUGUGCUUUAGCUUUUCUGACUUUGUGUCUACACGUGCUGGCUAUUUGUUUGAAUUCCUCUUUGGUGGUUUCACCCUUUUCCAUUUUUUUGUACACAUCCUUUUUUAAUCUUAACUCAGUUAAAAGUUCUUUAGAUAGCCACCCUGGCUUCUUUAGGCACCUUCCAUGUUUCCGUCUCAUUGGUAUUGCCUGACGUUGUGCUUUUACUAUCUCCCUCUUAACAAACUCCCAACCAUCAUGAACUCCCUUUCCUUUUAGUAUUACUGUCCAUGGGAUCUCACCCAGCACUUCCCUAAGUUUUAUGAAGUCGGCUUUCUUAAAGUCAAGAAAUUGAGUCCUAGUAUGCUUGGCUGCUCCUUUCCGCUGUAUAGUAAACUUCAGAGAGCAUGAUCACUCGCGCCUAAUGAUCCUUCCACUUCUACCCCACUAACCAGGUCAUCAACAUUGGUUAGGACCAGAUCUAAAAUGGCUGUUCCUCUUGUUGCUUCUCCCACUUUCUGGACAGUGAAGUUGUCUGCAAGGCCAGUGAGGAAUCUGUUUGACCUUAUGCUCUUGGCUGAGUUUGAAAUCCAACAAAUAUCCGGGUAAUUGAAGUCCCCCAUUACUACUAUCUCCCUUCCUUUUGCAUGCUUGGUCAUCUGUUCCAGGAAGGCAUCAUCUAUGUCCUCCGUUUGGCUUGGGGAUCUAUAGUAAGCUCCCACAAUGAGGUCACUGUUAUUCUUCUCUCCCUUAAUUUUGACCCAAAUGCUCUCACUUUGGCUUUGAGGUUCUAAAUCUUGGAUCUCUUCACAGGUAUACACAUCCCUGACAUAUAACGCCACUCCUCCUCCUUUCUUGUCUGGUCUGUUUCUCUGAAAUAGAUUGUAUCCCUCCAUUAUUACAUUCCAAUCGUGGGACUUAUCCCACCAGGUUUCAGUGAUGCCUAUUAUGUCAUAUUUAGUUUGCUGUACCAAGAGCUCAAAUUCAUCUUGUUUAUUUCCCAUGCUUUGCGCAUUAGUGUACAGACAUUGAAGUCCAUUAAUCAUUCCCCGUGUCUCUUAUUUAAGGAUUUUUCCUCCCACCACUAGGUCUGCGUGCUGUUUGCUCCAUUUGGUCUAUGACAUUUGGAUGAUCAUCUUCAUCAAUUGAUAGACUCCUACCUUCAGGAGCACUGUCUCCCUCCCCACAUUAGUCAGUUUAAAGCCCUCCUGAUGAGGUUUCUGAGAUUUUUGGCAAAAACAUUCCUCCCAACCGUUGUGAGGUGCAGCCCAUCACUUGCCAGAAGUCCAUCUUCAAGAAACUGCAGUCCAUGAUCUAAGAAUCCAAACCGUUCCUGUUUACACCAUUUGCAAAGCCAGCUGUUCACUUCCACUAUUUUUCCCCCUCUCCCUGGGCCACGUCGUUCAACUGGGAGGACAGAUGAGAUGACAAUUUGUGCAUUUAAUUGCUUCAAUUUCCUGCCCAGAGCCUCGUAGUCUCUUUUGAUCUUCUGGAGGCUAUUGCUUGCAGUGUCAUUGGUUCCCACAUGAACCAAGAGGAAGGGGUAUUUGUCAGUGGGUUUUAUGAUUCCUUGCAGUCGUUCAGUUACAUCUUGGAUCUUAGCCCCGGGGAGGCAGCAUACUUCCCGAGACAUCUUGUCAGGCCCACAGAUCACUGCUUCUGUUCCCCUCAGUAGGGAAUCCCCUAUCACCACUACACGCCUCCUCUUAGGUUUGGUUGGGGUUCUUCCGUGAGCUGUCCGUUCCAAGGUCGCCUGCACAUUCCCUGAGGACUGACUUUGCUGCUCGUCUUCAUAUACCUGAUCGACUGUAAUGAGGGAGAGAUCCUCAAAUGGAGUCUGCUCUUCGUCUUCCAUGCUAGGGGAGUGGACCUCAAAGUGAUUGUGUAUUUCUAAACAAUCAGAGCGAACCCUGGGCCUCCUACUUCUUUGAGUCACAUUUCUCCAUAUAUCUGGCUCCUGUGUUGGUGAACUAGCCUCCUUCUCAGGGGAGUCCCCUGUCUCCUCCUUGGUGGAGAUAGUGUGCUCUGUUGCUUCCAAUAAGAGCUCCAGCUCUCUAAUUCUUUGGAGCGUAGCUACACGGUCCUCCAGUUACUGGACUUUGUCUUUUAAGAGGGCAAUCAACAUGCAAUUGCUGCAGGUAAAGCUGCCUGCAACCUUUGGCAAGAUGGCAAAUAUUGCGCAGGAACUGCAGGCGACUGCAGCUGUUCCCUCCCCCUCCAUCUUGAGAACGUGUCGUUGGGGGUGGCUACAGCGGUCCUCCAUCAUAAAAAGCGUGAAGACAGGACAAAUAACUCCCCCCAAAAAAAACCUAGGUCUCCCCCAACAAACGUUUGAGACUAGCUCCCCUAAAUCUAAAAGAUGGAUCAAACUGUGCGCGCCGCUGCCCUGCAAGCUCUGAUAAGUUCCUCCCACAGCUAAUCACCUGCCUCAACAGAAACCCUGCCCCCUCUGACCUUUGCACAGGGAGAGCAGCUAAUCAGCCACAAAGAAACACACACACGACAAACAAAGAAACACUUCACAGACACAAUAAUUGUGCAUUAACAGUGAAUUCAGGAGUGGCCCACCCAUGAGGCAGACUGAAGCAGCCACCUCAGACAGAGUCCCACCCUUGCUGCUGCUGCCGCUGCUGCUGCUAAAGGUAAAGCGUAAAGGGACACCUGACCGUACGGUUCAGUCGUGGCCGACUUUGGGGUUGCGGUGCUCAUCUCGCUUUACUGGCCAAGGGAGCCAGCGUACAGCUUCCGGGUCAUGUGGCCAGCAUGACUAAGCUGCUUCUGGCGAACCAGAGCAGUGCACGGAAACGUCGUUUACCUUACCGCCAGAGCGGUACCUAUUUAUCUACUUGUACUUUGACGUGCUUUCGAACUGCUAGGUUGGCAGGAGCAGGGACCGAGCAACGGGAGCUGACCCUGUCGCGGGGAUUCGAACUGCCAACCUUCUGAUCGGCAAGCCCUAGGCUCUGUGGUUUAACCCACAGCGCCACCCACGUCCCAGCUGCUGCUGCUGCUGCUCAACCCUAAUUCACAAGGCUUCGGCGGCAGCUUUGUGGGGAAGAAGCACUUUCCUGUUUUACCUCAGGUGGUGAAGUGGGACAGGUCGCCCCUGAGUGGACCCUCUGCACCCAGGAUCAAGCAGAUCUCCCGCUUCCCAUGACUUGGAACCUGUAUAUUUUGCUGCCACGUCAGGCUCUUCGCUCCUGCUCUGCUUGCGAACAACUACUCUCCCCGAAUCCCAUUUUACGCAGGCUACUGCCAAGCUAGAAAGGUGCCCAGUGUGAACAGAUGCCCUGGAGAGCAACCUGGCUCUUCUGACCAUUUGCCCCCUCGUCCGCUCUUUGUGUCUGCAGGGCCAGCGCGCAGUUGUCUUUGUGGUUCUGUUUGGCCUGGUCAUGCUGCUGAUCAUCUACAAUGGCAGGAGCGAAGUCUUCCACUACACUGCGGUGAAAGUGAAGCCCCCGUUGCCUUCCAGCCUCAAAAAAUGGGGGGUGAAGAAUGGGUACCUGCCAGUCUCUGGAAACAAGGUAUGGGAAGCGCGUGAACUUUCAGCUGCCAUUGUUUUGCAGGUCAUAGAGAGGGAAUCUCAGGUCUCCCCAGAUCUCACGCCAUCACUGGCUCUGCUGCACACUCAAGUGCUUCCUGCCUAACUAGAAAGUAUCCUUGAACUCUUGGGAGAAAAAGGACUGUGUAAGCAACUCGGAUAAAAUUUACAUUCAUCGCCCCUCCCACUUUUGCCUCUGGUCCUGCCCACCACUGACAUGUGUCCGUUGAGCGGCUUCCCAGAAGAGAGUGCAGCCCUCAGACUGAAAAAGGUUCCCUACCUCUGUUUAUUAUUACAUUUACAUCACAAAAAAUUACAUUCUCCAAAACACCUCAAGGCGUGCUAUAGACACUUCCUAACCCCUUUUUAUCCCCAUAACAACCCUGUGGGGUUGGUUAGGCUGAGUUACUGGCCCAGGGUCUCCCAGUGGGCUUUGUGGCUGUAGAUUAAUCAUUGGUGGUCCUGGAGAGGGGAGUGGGCGGGGAGGGAUCUUGAGAAAUUAUUUCUGGCACAUCACCAGCCACUGUACCCUGGUUCUAUAAACCAGAAGGAUGGAAUGAUGGGUAAGGAAAUUGUUAUGUACUGAGUUGAAUAGGAUCCAAAAUGCAGCAUUCUGAUUGGUCCUAGAACAAUAGGAUUCAGAAUGCAGCAGUCUGAUUGGUCCUAGAACAAUGCAGCAGUAUGAUUGGUCUGCAGGAGCCACCCAAUCCAGCUCCAGAUGGAAGUGAAUCCACAACCGGGAUUGUCUGAAAUAAAAAUAGCAUCUUUGGUAACACGCUCAUCUUUAUCGUUGAAAUUCUUCCCCAAAAUGAUAACUUUACAUUAAUGUAUAUAAAGCAGAUACUUUGGGGAAACUUUCAUUCCUCCUCACCACUAUGAGCUGAAUAAAGAGCAUGAAAUCCACUCUCAACUCUGAGUAUAUUUCAGAAAUCUUGCCUUUAAGAAUUAUCUUGGCAGCUGUUGUAACAAGCAGCUGCAGAAUGGUAGAGGAGUGAUUCUGAAGCGGCUGUAUGGGAAAUUGAUUCUCAACUUCUGCUGAUUUGUUCUCCAUGAUUUUUGCUUUUAAAUAGAGUUUUAGAGGUUAGCUGUUUUAGACAUUUUAUCUGCCAUUUUCAUCUUUGAUAAUACCAACAUGGUAUUAUUUUAUUGGCUUUAGAUGUUGUUAGCAGUCUUUAAGAAGAUGUUUUUUAAAUGAAGCAAUGUUUUUAAAUGAAGACAUUAAAUGAAGAAAUGUAAGAAAAUAAAAAAAAAUGACAACAUAAAAAGUCAAAAAAAGUGGGGAGAACACGAAUGCUAUGCAGAAUGGUUCAAAACUUGCCACCGCAGAACUGGAAAAACAAGAAGGCUUGUGGCACCUUGGCAGACUUGACAAAUUGUAUUAUUGCAUAAGCUUUCAUGGACUAGGGCCAUUUCCUACAAUGGAGUAUGAUCCUCAGUUGUUAUGUGUAUAUGGUUCUCAGAACUUGUCUGAUCCUGGAGGUUGCCAAUAGAGAGAGGAAGAAAAGAUUCUAUCAGUGUGUUCCAUGCCAUUCUUAAUUGCAUAUAUUUCUAAUAUGAGAACCCAUUUUACUCACCAUUUUCCAAGGCUAACACACACAUCCUGCCCCCAGAGAAAAUUCCCUUUCUUCAAGAUCGUUCUCUUACAGUUCCAGUGCGCACUCAGGGCUGAUUUCCUUAAGAAUGGAUAGGUUUGAUCUUCUUGCAGUCCAUGGGACUCUCAAGAGUCUCCUCCAGCACCAUAAUUCAAAAGCAUCAAUUCUUCGGCGAUCAGCCUUCUUUAUGGUCCAGCUCUCACUUCCAUACAUCAGACGUAAUAGCGUAAGUGUAGCAUCCUGUUCUCACAGUAGCUGAAUAGAUAGACGCCUGUGGGAAAGCAGGAAGCAGGACUGAAACACAGGUGCCCUGUCUCUCCCCUCAUGUGGUUUGAAGCCACUGGGAUUCAAAAGCACUGCUGCCUCUGUGCCACUGUGGAAGUAGAGCAGCGCCAUCAUGGCUUGUCACCAUUGAAAGCCUCCUCCUCCAUGGAUUUAUCUAAUCCUCUUUGAUAGCCAUCUAAUUUGUUGGCCAUCAAUGCUUCUGGUGGGAGGGAGUUCCAUAGUUUAAUUAUGCGCUGCUUGAAUAAAGACUUCCUUUUAUCUGUCCUGAAUCUUCCAACAUUCAACUUCAUUGGAGGUCCUUGAGUUCUGGUGUUAUGAGAGAGGGAGAAAAACCUUUCUCUAUCCACUUUCUCCAUACAUUUCCCGCCCCGACCUGGCCACAGUGAUUCAUGCGAUGGUCACCUCCAGGCUUGACUACUGUAAUUCACUCUACAUGGGGCUGCCCUUGAAGCUGUCCCAGAAACUCCAGCGGGUGCAGAAUGCUGCAGCGAGGCUCCUCACGGGGUCUCUGCCAUAGGAGCAUAUUCACCCAGUGCUUUUCCAGCUGCACUGGCUCCUGGUGGAGUACAGAGUCAGAUUUAAGGUGCUGGUUUUGACCUUUUGUACCUAUGGGACCGCCUCUCCCAGUAUGCCCCAUGGAGAGCCUCAAGGUCCAUAAAUAGCAACACCCUAGUGGUCCCGGGCCUGAAGGAAGUCAGAUUAGCUUCAACCAGAGCCAGGGCCUUUUCAACACUGGCUCCGGCCUGGUGGAACGCUCUGUCUCAUGAGACCGGGGCCCUGCAGGAUCUGAUUUCUUCCCGCAGGGCCUGUAAGACAGAGUUGUUCCGCCUGGCCUUUGGCUUGGAAUCAACUUGAUCCCCUCCCCCUCUUCCUUUUUCCUUUCUCCUUCUGUGAUGGAACUCCUAUUUGGGGACUUCCUCGCCUUUUUCUGGCCACGUAGGACCAGUCUGGAUAGUUGGCCUUGGUGAAGAUUUGACGUUUUCAUCCCCAAAAAAGUUUUUGAUUUGAGUUCCUACUGUAAUGAGGCAACAUUUUAAUGUAUUUUAAUCUUGUUUUUAAGUUGCAUUUCAAUCAAUUGUUUUUAUACCGGUGUUAGCCGCCCUGAGCCCGGUCUUGGCUGGGGAGGGCGGGGUAUAAAUAAAAUUUAAUAAUAAUAAUAAUAAUAAUACUCUUAUCCCCCCACCCCCAGACUUUGGAUCAUCACUGCAGCCAAUGCGUGAUCGUCACCAGUUCCAGUCACCUGCUGGGGAGCAAGCUGGGGGCAGCAAUCGACCAGUCGGAGUGCACAAUUCGCAUGAACGAUGCUCCCACGACGGCCUACGAAGCAGAUGUUGGUAACAAGACGACCUUCAGGGUGGUGGCCCAUUCAAGUAUAUUCCGGGUCCUGAAGAGACCACAGGAGUUUGUCAACAAGACUCCGGACACCAUCUUAAUCUUUUGGGGGCCACCGGUCAGGAUGCAGAAGAGCUUGCUGAAGGUCAUCCAGCGCGUCAGCAUGUCAUUCCCCAACAUGACGGCCUUCGUAGCUUCCCCCAGGCGCAUGAAACAGUUUGAUGACUUGUUCAAAAAGGAGACAGGGAAGGACAGGUAAAUUCACCUGCAGUUGUCCCUCCAGCAUAGUUUCUGCAUCUCCUCUUCCAGGCAAGCCCUGCUGUGGGGAGGGAGGAAAGAUAGAUUGAUUGUAUCUUUUCCUUUUAAUUUACAAGAGGGAGGUGUCUGCAGGUUCUGGGGAAUCCCAAGAUUUGCAGAAGUAGAAGAAAAAUGGUGUUAAUAGGGUAAUAGGCGGGGGGGGGGGCUAAAUCCUAGAAAUGAAGAAAUGCUAGGAUAUUAAUUAAUUGGGAUAUGGAUUAAAGUAUGGGGUGGGACGCGGGUGGCGCUGUGGGUUAAACCACUGAGCCUAGGGCUUGCUGAUCAGAAGGUCGGUGGUUUGAAUCCCAGCGACAGGGUGAGCUCCCGUUGCUCGGUCCGUGCUCCUGCCAACCUAGCAGUUCGAAAGCACAUCAAAGUGCAAGUAGAUAAAUAGGUACUGCUCUGGCGGGAAGGUAAAUGGCGUUUCCGUGCGCUGCUCUGGUUUCGCCACAAGCAGCUUAGUCAUGCUGGCCACAUGACCCAGAAGCUGCACGCUGGCUCCCUUGGCCAAUAAAGCGAGAUGAGCGCUGCAACCCCAGAGUCGGUCACGACUGGACCUAACGGUCAGGGGUCCCUUUACCUUUUACCUUUAUUAAAGUAUGGGCUGCAGAACUGUGCCAGACAAGGAAUCCCUGGGCUGGCUUAUGCAAACCAGCCUGGCUGGCCUAGAGAAGAACCAAUCUGUUAACAUGGCAAAAGGGGCAAAAGGUAGUGAGAUGUGUGUUUGAGGGAACACGUACAUUAAGUUAUUGAGCAAGGGUUGCCAGGAAGGAGAAGGAGGAACAAGAGCUGAGAUCCAUCUUGGGCAGGUUGCCUGCCCUGCUGCCCCUUGAAAGAACUAUGCUAUAAGAUCUGGACUCCCUCCAUGCAGACUGAAGGUGUAAAUAGGUGAAUAAACCACAUUUCUUAAAGCCAUGACAGUCUCCGAAAGGGACACGGACCCUGUGUGGGUGCCUGGGACCCCAUUGGAUCGGCAGAGAGAGGGGCAGGCACCUCCCACAAAAAAACAAAAAAGCAAAACCAGCCAAAUGAGGGUUUAGCGUGUGCUGAGUGAUAAAAGAAUGCUGGCUGACUGUGGAAUAUGAGGUGAGUGGAAUGAAAAAUUGAUGUGAAACGGAAUAGAGUGAUUGGAAUCCUCAGCGUGGAGAAUUCCACACUGCAACGUUUUGCUGCAGGUCGGCAUCUAAUCUGCAUCAAUCACUCACAGGUUGUGUUUGGAUUCCCUUUCCUUUGAAAAAACCCCUCCUUUUGUUUCUCCCUGCUUUUGCAGAGUGACGUCACGGUCAUGGCUGAGCACCGGCUGGUUCACCAUGGUGAUUGGCGUUGAGCUGUGUGACAAGAUCCACGUCUAUGGGAUGGUCCCUCCCAACUACUGCAUGUAAGUCCUGCACUCUGCGUGCUCCUUGUCAGUUUCGGGGGGGGGGCGGAGUUGCCCCAGGGCUGUCUCAAUCUCUGCCUCUGCUUCUCUGCACCGCUCCCUGCUCACUGAACCCCAACCUUCCCCACCCCCUCCGGUUCUCUUCCCAACAGCAGGAAGCCUCCGCCCCACAAGUUGCCCUACCACUACUAUGAGCCGAAGGGUCCGGAUGAAUGUGCCACCUACAUCCACAAUGAGCAAAGCCGAAAGGGCCACCACCACCGGUUCAUCACUGAGAAGCGGGUCUUUGCCAAGUGGGCGAGUCUCUACAACAUCACCUUCUCCCACCCGAACUGGGACUGAAGCCCCCCAUGGGGUGGGGCGGAGGAGAAACCACACAAGUGCCAAACCCAUGGUCUUGCGGGGCAGUGGGGAGGAGCUUCUGGGGCACACGGCCCUCUCCACAACAGGAGGAGGGAAAGAGAUGCCCUUGGUGUGAAGAUAGCUCAAGGGCCAACGUUGCUCCUAGCCCCAGGCCUUCCGUGUGCCAGGCUGCCAGGCCUGCUCAGCUGCUGUUUUAAAUUUCCCACAUUGCCCUUGGGCAUUAUGCAUUGGAUGACUCUGCUCCCCCUCCCCCCUUAAUGACAGGUCGCAGUCUGCUGCUGCCAGGGAAGCCCAUGGUUUGAAAGCCCACCAGAGGGCUUGUAUUAGCACACAAAACGACCCCUGUCGGAUCAGGAUGAGAUCUCAGCACCUUGUAUCUGCCAACCAGGUACUUCCGAGAAGCCUACAAGGAAGCGUGUGAAGGUGGCAGCCCUCCGCUGUGUUUUGCCUCCUGCUUGGAGCGGGUAUACAGAGGUAGACUUCCUUUGUACAUGGAGGUUCAGUUUUCAGCUGUCAUGGUUAAGAGCUUGUGGGCAGACCAUGAAUUUUACCCAGCCCUUUGUAACAGGGAUGGGCAACCUUUUUGAGAGAGUCAAGGACAGCACUCCCUUGUGGGAGGGAGAAGUGGUUGCGGUGGUUGGGAGGGGAACUAAAAUGCUGCUAACUUUUUAAUAGGGACUUUUCACUUUUACCAAAAAAAUAAUAAUUGCAAGGCAAAUGUUGAAAUGUGGAGAACUGGAGAUUGGAAAUAAUGAGAAAUUGAGAGAAACCAAAAUCAACCCUAGCAAACCCACAAGUACCUGCUAUGGCUCCUCUUUCCCCCACCCCCACAAACCUGCUAGCUCACCUUCCUAUGCCAACUAUUUGCAUUACUAACAGAACAUCCCAUAAUAGACCCAAGAGGGGAUGGAAAGAAGAGUGGCAUGGGGUGGAACAAAUCGAAGAUUUUGUUUUUAUUCCAGGGAGGCAAGCCAUGUGCCAUUAGUCUGCUGUUUACUUAAGAAGCAUGUUUGUGUUUUGUUUAGAUUUUAUUAAGCUUGCAUCAGCUGGUCAAAAUGAGCCCAGCCAUAGGAGCCAACUCCUAGGGGCCGAGGUCUCUUCGGCCUUCCCGGUAAAACAUUUGAUGGUGUUGGCAUUGCCAUUCAAAUGGUCUGUGUGCACUACAUCUUGUGAUCAAUUAUGCAGGGCAGAGCUUACCUGCCCCCCCCCCCCGUUUUAUUCAAGUUGGCACCCCUGAGCCCAGCCCUUUGAGAGGGAGGAAAGUAAAAUGGAGGGAGCAAAGGUAGCCUCAGCUCAGUCCAGUGGUACCUGGCGCCCAGGUGGGCAAAAGGCAGGUAGCCCAACAGAAAGGGGAACCAGAGCUAACGACAGGCAGAGCCAACUCAUUCUAGUUCUGCAAGGGCAACACAGAGCCUAGAGAGAAAGAAGCUGAGUGGAGCAGCCACCCUCUGGGUAGCUGUAGAUAAGAAGGAAAGGAGAUGGGGUCUGGCUGAGGACAGGCAUGAGGUUGAUGGGGCAGUGCCCCUUUCACCCUGAUGGACCAGCCUCCACUGAUCUCAUCCCUUCCCAUUCACAUCCUUACUCUGCAACUACCCUGUCCCAGAAACCGUACACUCCUCCCCACACUCAUUUUUUCAUCUGGUGGUACAGCUCUCAUGUGGUAGCCCAGCCGUUGUCCACAACUGUAGUUUUUAAAUAGUACCCCUCCACAUAUAGGACACGGGUGGUGCUGUGGGUUAAACUACAGAGCCUAGGACUUGCUGAUCAGAAGGUCGGCGGUUCAAAUCCCCGCAACGGGGUGAACUCCCGUUGCUCGGUCCCUGCUCCUGCCAACCUAGCAGUUCAAAAGCACGGCAAAGUGCAAGUAGAUAAAUAGGUACUGCUCCGGCGGGAAGGUAAACGGCGUUUCCGUGCGCUGCUCUGGUUUGCCAGAAGCGGCUUAGUCAUGCUGGCCACAUGACCCGGAAGCUGUGUGCCGGCUCCCUCGGCCAAUAAAGCGAGAUGAGCGCCGCAACCCCAGAGUCGACCACGACUGGACCUAAUGGUCAGGGGUCCCUUUACCUUUAACUUUACCCUUCCACACACCACAGCAUUUAUCCAAAAGCUAAAAUAGGACCAGGGACCAGGAAAUCAGAAGUGUCAGAAAUCAACGGGGACAUAUUGGCUGCUUCCACAAAAGGACAUUUAUUGUGGAAUAGCUACCCUUCGUUUGCUCACUUUUUAUGGGGCAUCUGCACAGUGCCAUCAAAGCAUGCUUCGCCCAAAUCUGACUUUUUAAAACACAGUGGAUCAGUUCAGUCAUGGACGUAGCCAAGGGGGCGCAGGGGGGUAGCUCCCCCCCAAUCAUUAAAAUCAAUACAAAUUGAGGUUCUCCCCCCCCCUAAUGAAAGCUUGCCCCCCCCCAACAAAAAAUCCUGGCUAUGUCCAUGAGCUAGAAAAAUAGGUGCCAGUACUCACCAUGAAGUUGUUACAAUGAAUGCCACACAUUUUAACAACAACAAAAAGUGGUGCUGUUGCUGCUUACCCCUGAAAAAACACACUGGAACAGCUGUGCAAUUGCACCAGGUAUAGAUAAUUCAUUGCACAACUACAGUGGUACCUCGGGUUACAUACGCUUCAGGUUACAUAUGCUUCAGGUUACAGACUCUGCUAACCCAGAAAUAGUGGUUCAGGUUAAGAACUUUGCUUCAGGAUGAGAACAGAAAUCGUGCUCCGGCGGCACGGCUGCAGCAGGAGGCCCCAUUAGCUAAAGUGGUGUUUCAGGUUAAGAACGAAUUAAGUACUUAACCCGAGGUACCACUGUACUCAGUAGCAUUCCUGGCUGGUUAUGGCCUGGAUACAAUUUGCACAAGCCAUUCCCUUCUGAAUGGUAUGCCUCUCUUCUCAAGGAACCAACUCUAUCAUGUUAACCUUUCCCUUUCCAAAUAUCAAUGCCUUUAUAACAAUUUAUUUCCUCCCAUUUCUCUGAGGUAAGAAAGGUUAUAAUCUAAGGUGCAGUGAGGACUGAAGGUAUUUAAUCCUUUCACUACCCAUAAUGCUCCCAAUUUUAAUCCCCACAACAAUUGGAACUGGGGGGGAAGGGAACUGCCCAAUUGACUACAAGAUGUGGUUUAGGUUUCAGAAGCCUAGGAGCACAGUUGUGAUUCCAAUUCUCAGAAGCAACAAUUUGGUGCUUCUGAGUCACCCAUGUGUAGAAGCAGGUCCUGUGGCAGCAACUUUUCCCACUCAGCUGGUCUCUUUUGUAUUUGGCAUGCAGAGAGCUUGUUUCCUCAGAGUUUGGACUGGGGCAGCUUCUCCCUGCUGCCACCUUUUGAUCAGAAAGCCAACAAUAACCUUGAUGACCUCCUUAUCACACAGCAAUAUCGUUUUAUUUGUACAUGUAUGGUGUCCGUGCAGCGUGUCCACCCAGCGAGGGCAAUGUGGCAAUCUCAUAUUUUUACAAAGUGAGGAAGGGUAGCAAAGUCAUCUUACCCACAGGAAAACAGCUGUUGCUCUGUCCAGCUUAGUAUUGUCCACACACAGUGGCAAUGGCUCUCCAGGGUUUCAGACAGGAGUCCCUAUCAGACCUAAAUAGAGAUGCUUGGGAUGAAACCCUUGUCCUCCAACAUACUGCUCUUCCACAUGACACAGCAGAUCAGAGAGAGCAAAGGAAGAUGCAUUCGUACCUCGGAAGUCAAACAGAAUCCAUUCCAGAAGUCCGUUCAACUUCCAAAAUGUUCGGAAAUCAAGGGGCAACUUCCUCCCCUCCCCCCCCAGUUUUUUUUUUAAUUGAUUUUCACACUUAUAAAAAAGGGAAAAAAAGAAAAAUGUUACAAUACACAAAAAACAAAGAAAAACACAUAAAAAUGAAUUUUAACUUCCAAAUCUUAAUUUCAUUACAUUGAUAACUGACUUCCUUGAAUCCCCUCUAAUUGAAUUCCAUUAUAUCACCUAUUUAGCAGUUCUCCAAAUUCAUAUUUCUAAUAAUAUUAACUUCUUUCAUUUACUAACUUCUACUCCUUUAUUGAUAUUCUAAUCCUUAAUAUUUAUUAAUAACAUAUUCAUAUUCUACCCCUAAGCCUAAUUAUUACUUCCGAUAAAUUUCUCUUUAUCUUAUAUUACAAUAUAACCAAAUAUUCUUUAAAGUUCUUCCAAUCCUCUUGUGUCUCCUCUUCUUUCUGGUCGCGGAUUCUUCCAGUCAGGUCAGCUCCAAAAAGUCCAUCAUCUUCAUCUGCCAUUCUUCUAUUGUUGGUAUCUCUUGCGAUUUCCAAUUUUUGGCUAAUAAAAGUCUUGCUGCUGUAGUGGCAUACAAAAACAGUCUAACAUCUUCUUUGGGCAAUUCCAGUCCUAUUAUUCCAGGUAGAAAGGCUUCUGGUUUUUUAAUAAAUGUAUUUUUCAACAUUUUUUUCAACUCAUUAUAUAUCUUUUCCCAGAAGUCUUUCACUUUAGGACAUGUCCACCACAUAUGAUAGAAAGUACCUUCUUUUUCUUUACAUUUCCAACAUAAAUUACCAUUUGUAUGAUACCUCUUUUCUAAUUUCACCGGGAUUAAGUACCAUUUAUACAUCAUUUUCAUAAUAUUUUCUUUUAAUACAGUACAUGAAGUAAACGUAACCCCUUUCUUCCACAGCCUUUCCCAAUCUUCCAACAUUAUAUUGUGUCCAACAUCUCUUGCCCAAUCAAUCAUCACAGAUUUAACUUGUUCGUCCUUUGUAUGCCAUUCUAACAACAAAUUAUACAUUUUGGAGAGAUUUUUAACAUUAGCGAACCAAGGCGCAACUUCCGAUUGGCUGCAGGAAGCUCCUGCAGCCAAAUGGAACCCACAGAACCCAAAGAAUGUUUGCAAACUGAAACACUCACUUCCAGGUUUGCGGCGUUCAGGAGCCAAAACGUUUGAGUUGCAAGGCAUUUGACUUCUGAGGUACGACUGUACUGCUGAAUGCAAAUCCUAGAUAGGCUUGUUCACCAGUUUGUGUUUAGGGUACUAUCAUACCCUGUAACCUGCCUUAAGCAAUAAUGCUCUCAUGUGAUUUAGCACCUAUUUUUACCCAGCUGUAGAUUGUACCAGUACUAUAAGCUACUUGAUAGCUGAAGGGUACUGGGAAGGAAGGCAAGCUAUCGCUGGUCUUUGUUUUUGUCUUUUGCCCAUUUCGAAGCCAAUUUACAAAUGCUGGGAAGUGGCAGUAGCUAUCAAGAGAGGUUGCACAGGGUAAUUAAACGACACUGAUUUGUGUGUUUGUAUGUCACAUUGAUGCACAGGUCCUUGGAUCUCAAAUUCUGGAAGGAUAGAUAAGAUCGAAAUGAUGAUCUUCCAUUCCUAGGCCACCCAUCCUUUGAGUCACGCUUCCCUGAAUUUUGAAAUGCAGUUCUCAAAGCAAAUCAUGUUUGUAAAAUGUGCAUAUUGGGGAAAACUCUAUAAUGAAAUGCACAUAUUAGCAGUAGCGGAGCUUCAUUUUCCAGCAACAGCAGCGGAGAGCAGGCGGGGACGUGGCUGGUGCACGUCCUGGGGGGUGUGACACACUGCCUGCAGGGUGUGGCACGCGUCCUGGGGGUGUGGCGUGCCACCUGCAGGGGCAUGGCACCCAGUGUGGGGGGCGGGAGGAGCAGCCACAAUGGCACCCCACUGGAAUCGUGGUGCCAGGGGCGGUGCGCUCCCCUCCGCCAGUGCAUAUUAGUGAGUAUAACAUACAAAAAUGCAUUCUGUUAGGGGAAAUUGCUUACCAACAAUGUUUGUGUUAGGGGAAGCUGCGUACAAAAACUUGUAUAUUGCAAGGAAGUCAUGCUAAAAUGCAGGUGAUUUUUCUGUGAGGAUUUUUUUGGGGGGGCGGAAUUGCAAUCUGAUGUGGAAAUGUGCAGAGCUGAACUGAGGAAUGAGAAUAUAAAAAAAUGGGGAAAUGUGAGAAACCAGAAUUGGCAGAUUUUUGUCUGUCCCUUUGUUGAACUGUCCCUUUUGGCACAGCCAUGUAUUUACAUAUUCCCCACUUGAUUUCAUGUAUAACACCUGCUGUCAGGGCUGGCCCAAGAGAUUUUGGCACCUGAGGCGAACCACAAAAUGGGUGUCCUGCCCACCAGGGAAGAAGGGGUCAGUGAAGAUCUACAUCUGGAACAAGUGGGGAGGAAUCAAAUUCCUUUCCUGAAAGCUGAAGUGGGAAUCAAAAGCCAUUACUGGGGGGGUGGGGGUGAGGGCACUUUGAAUCACUUGGUGGGAGGAGACCCCAGAGGGCAACUCCUACCACUUCCUUCCUCAGGGUGAGGAGACCAGCAGCACCUAUUCGCCAAGAGGCUGUUGUGCAGGUGGCAUUUGAGGGAGAAGCAAGCUGCGAAAGAGGCGCAGUGCCAAGGCGUGUGCUGCAGCCAUCACAGUGGCAGCAGGCAAUGCAUUCCUGGGAGGCCAGAUCUGCCCCUGUGGAUCCUGCCGCCUGAGGUGGUUAUCUCACUUUGCCUCAUAGGUGGGCUGGCCCUGCCUGCUUAGGGCAGGUGAGCGUGGCUUCACCAAAACGGUAUUGUGGGCUUAAUGGGAAGGCCUGGUGCGUUAUGUUAGGCCCAUUGGCUGGUGGUUCCCCACUGCUUAGUGUUACAGAACAAGAAGAUUGGUAGCUAAUCCCAUUGUCCCAUGUAUUCAUGUAUUUCUAAAAUCUUAGGCACAUACAAAUCACCGUGGUUUAUCAAAAAGCUGCUGCCUCUUCUGUGUUGUAUACACAACUGUUUCCUAGCCUUACAGAACCAUAAUAGAAUUAGGGGCCCAAGUUCCCCUAAAGAGUAGCUACUUUUUGUCUUGGGGUUCAUUUAGACUGCCCAGGUAGUCAGAUGUGCUUCUCUCUUUUUUUCUUCUAUUGGUCACAUGUUUGGGUUGAUAAAGUAGUAUUCAAGCUUUCUAUUCACACAGAGCUUUGCAUUAGGAGAUAUCACUUGGCUUGAUGAAGAGUUGCAUACAAUGCAAAAGCCUGCAGCAAAGAAAUAACUGCAAAAUGCAGACACUUGUGGCUUCCCCUAGGACCAAAUAAGUGACUGUUGUGUCUAAUGGCUUCUCACUGACAAUCAUACACCAGGAUAAUUUUAGAGUCCUGCUGCUUUGACUACAUUUGCAGACAAGAAGCACGAUCAGCAUGGACAAUCAGGACAAUAAUUUGGCCAAGUCUUUCUUCCUCAAGCUUGAACAGCACUAUUAGUUUAUGGCCAAUUGGCUCCACAAGACUUCCUAUAAAAAGACUGAAGAAGAGCCCUGCUGGAUGAGUCCAAGAUGGGUCAAGCAUAUGUUUUGCACAGUGAUCUAUCAGGUGCCUGUGGGAAGCCCAUAGGCAGGACGUGAUAAAGGACAUAGACCUUUAAAAUGCAUUGCACACCGAAGAUGGCAUUUGUUUGGAUUUGAAGUUCCACGUUGGACCUCUGUGGGCUGAGAUAUCUGACACUGGCCAGCACUCUUUCAGUCAUUCUUCCUUUGGCUAAGUUUGGUCAAAAUUUAUUGUGCCAGGUCCGGUUUAAUGUUUGUAGAAGCAUCUUGACUCGCAUGUGCUGACUGCCAAGUAAAGAACUGCACAUCAAACCAGCAAGGGUGGAAGUUUUGUAAUGAUUUGUAUGGAAAUAAAUACUGCUACAUCUUU